AGUCUCGUCCGGAGACUGGCGGCGGCGCGGCGGCGGCGGCGGCAACAGCGGCGGCGGCCGGAGGAGCUUGAGCCCCAGCGGCUUGAGGCGGGCGGGCGGGCGCGGGGGAGCCGCGGGGGCCGUUCCGCGACGACUCCCCGGACGGCGUUUCUCCUCCGAGCGACGCGGCUUCUCGUCUGUGGGGGGGGCGGGGGUCCGGUCCAUCCAUGACCAUGGGCGACAAGAAGAGCCCGACCAGGCCCAAAAGGCAAGCGAAACCUGCCGCGGACGAAGGCUUUUGGGAUUGUAGCGUCUGCACCUUCCGAAACAGCGCGGAAGCCUUCAAAUGCAGCAUCUGCGAUGUGAGGAAAGGCACCUCCACCAGGAAACCUCGCAUCAAUUCUCAGCUGGUGGCACAGCAAGUGGCUCAACAGUAUGCCACCCCACCACCCCCUAAGAAGGAGAAGAAGGAGAAGGUAGAAAAGCCGGACAAAGAGAAAGCUGAGAAGGACAAGGAGAUUAGUGUCACCAAGAAGAACACCAACAAGAAAACCAAACCAAAGUCCGACAUUCUGAAAGACCCUCCUAGUGAAGCCAACAGCAUACAGUCUGCAAAUGCCACGACAAAGACGAGUGAAACGAAUCACACCUCAAGGCCCCGGCUGAAAAAUGUGGACAGGAGCACGGCACAGCAGUUGGCAGUGACUGUGGGCAAUGUCACCGUCAUUAUCACAGACUUUAAGGAAAAGACUCGCUCCUCCUCCACGUCCUCCUCCACAGUGACCUCCAGUGCAGGGUCCGAGCAGCAGAACCAGAGCAGCUCGGGCUCCGAGAGCACAGACAAGGGCUCCUCCCGCUCCUCCACGCCAAAGGGCGACAUGUCGGCAGUGAACGAUGAAUCUUUCUGAAGUUGCACAUGGAGUUGUGAAAACUAUGAAUCAGGGUAUGAAAUUCCAGUGCUCCACCUGCCCAUGCUGCGUGCACCUGGAGCAUCUUCUGUGGACACCGACCUCUUAGUGAUGCUGCCAUGGGCAUCUGGCCACCGCGGGAUUUCACACCCUGGCGAUUACUCUUGACACUUUUAUGUAUUCCAUUGUUUUAUAUGAUUUUCCUAACAAUCAUUUAUAAUUGGAUGUGCUCCUGAAUCUACUUUUUAUAAAAAAGAAAAAAAUCUGCUGUGCACAAUUUUCCAUGUACAUUACAACCGGUUUUUGUUUUGUUGCGGGGGGGAGGGCUGGGAGGGGGAGGGAACUUUUAUUUAUUGUGUUCACAAACUCCAUCCUUUCAGCAUAUCCUUUUAAGUUUAGUUCUUCAAGUUAUACUAUGUACUAUCAGUUUUGAUAUAACUAUAUAUAUAUAAAUAUAAAAUUAUAUCUAAAGGGUUAUUUGAAACCGAUCCACGGCAGCGCUGGUGCUUGAUACACUGUGAAGUGAACACAGCAUUGAACAGCCACACAUCUGGGACAGGCUCUUCUAUGAAAGUGCUGAGAUCCAGUGAAAGUCAGUUGGACAUGAAGUACGUUCCAACCCACGUGGGAACUGGACUCGCAUCUGUCUAAAAGAGUGUACUGGACGAUAUAAAAAUAUAUAUUUUUUCAAACAAUGUGAUCUCAAAUUUCAAGACUGCUCCAGAUAGCCUGCAUUUGCGAUGGAAUAACUGACAAAUCACAAGUGGUUUAGUUGGGAGGGCUUUGGUCACUCAGAAGUAACUAAACCAGCUCCAGAAUGCCAAGUAUUCGUGUACAUUACGGUUACAUGUUAACAUUGUUGUUCUUACAUUAGCACUCAUAAAAAAUAUAUGGUAUUUUGUCCCUCGAAUUCCAUCCGUGUUCCAGAUCUCUACUCCUGUCUGAAGGUAAAUCUAGAACUUGUCUCUUAGUUUUAGAAUUGAACCAGUUGAAACUGUGUUUUUGGCCCAUAGGAAGCAGCCCCUUGUCCCACUUCUCCACGCGGCCUUGCAGUGGCAGUUCCCUGACUGCGGCGUGUUCGCCUCCUGCCCCCUCACUCAGCAGACCCUCCCUCCCCAGUUGUGUUGUGAGAAUCCUCGGCCUUUUCCUUCUCAAAGCCUACCGUGGUCUGUUUUACGGAGCAAAGGUUGUCCACCACACAUCCCCUGCGACGUGGAGCUUCUCGGAGUGCAGAGACUUUUCUCGAUUCCCUGCUGUACGAAGAACUCAAGUAGCAAAUGGCUUGAGCUGCGGCCGCGGGAGGGGCAGGGAGAGCUCGCCUUCCGCCCGUGCUUCAGCUUUUCCCCUCAAUGUAAAGAUCACUUGGAUACACUUUUUGAAGUUUUUCACUUUUUUUUUUUUUUUUUUUUUUGCCGCCCCCUUUACUGUCUUGCAAAAAAUUUCAAGACACCUGUAGGAUGAUUCCACUUCCACUCAUUCAAAAACAAAAAUUCUUGUACUUGGCUUCUGUUUGGGUUUCGAUUUGGAUUCUUUGGCUUGCAUUCAUGCCAGUGAAGUGUGUAGAACUUGGGUGAUUGCAAACAGCAGAACUAGCUGUCCCCUUCCUUUAUUUGAUCAUACUUGAAGGGCUCACAGGAGGGCGGGUAAUGCUCCCCGUGUUUUGUGGAGGGGUGGGGAAACCUGGUUUGCUUAACCAGAAGUAAUUUCUUGACUGUGGAGGCAACAAAUUAAAAACAAUUAACAGCUUGGAUUGAGUAGCCAACAGGAAAGGUUCCUUUCACAUUUACAUUAAAACUAUUGUGUAGUCGCUGAUUCCAUACUUAAUCCUGUUCUGGACGGUCUGGGUUACGAAGCAGUGCCAUUGGUUGCUGUGACCCCGCUCUGAAAUGCACGGACAAUGUUCCCCCCCUUUUUAAAGUCAUGCUUGUGUCUGGGACGCAAGCUAUGCUUAUCUUUUUAAAUACGUUUUUUAAAGUAUUUAUUAAUGAACCAAAGGAAAUUAGAUGCUUCCCAUAAGCAUCAGAAUAUAUGAAACAUAGUGAUUUGACUAUGAAUUUUAAAUCCGUGUUUUGAUAUUAGUGGGAUAUUGCAAAGACAUUCCUUCUAAAAUUUUAAUAGUCCUUUUAUUAAGGGUCUCAGGGAGGGUAAAUUAGUCAGCCAUAUUUAUUUUCCAGAGGUAUAAGGAAUUGCUAAGUUUUUUAAUUAACUUUUUAAAAGAAAAAAACUUAAAUGCCACCACCAAACUCAUGUGGGUUGCACUGCUUUUUGAACCAAUUAAGUGUUGGUAUGCACUUUGUUCAGAAAUACUGUGUACUUACUCAAAAUUAGUUUCAUGUAAAGUGAUUGGACCCCUUAGAUUAGUGGAAAAAGCUGAUUAACCAGCUACUCAUAGGCUGCUAAUUAAUUCAUUGCCAAUGUCUUGGUUCUUCAGUUUUGCCUCCAUGAUAAAUUAAAGAAUGGGGUGGGGUGAAGGGAGGGGGAGUAAUAGCUCAAGAACGAGGAGGAGCCACAGGCCGUGCCCGGUGUCACAGGAGCAAUCGGGUGGGCAGGGCCAGCCCCUCGGCCACCACUGUGCGCUCUGUUGGCGCAGUGAGGGGUGGGCACUGUGGGUUUUGGAUUUCUGAAAUUGAUGACAUCCCUCAGGCGUGCAUUCUGGAAAAAAAAUGAAGUUCCUGUAAACUUCUCUGCAUUUGCAAUUUGCCCUACAAUUAGUAGGCAGUACACAAAAAAAAUACUAGUGUAGAAGAUGAAGAUAUCUUAAAAGAGGACCAGAAAUACUUGGUAUUCAGUGGCACAGAAAGCAGGUUACAAAGCAAAAAGCACAGUGUUAACGCUUGCAGUUUCCCGUUUGUUUUACUGCCACACCGUCUCACGUCUCCGUGUGCGUGUGCACACGUGCAGCUUACCUGACUUGCUCUGCUUGAGUCAUGCAGCUUUAAAAACAGCGAAGACACCAUGACACCCACGACUCGUGUGCAUCAGAACCUUUCCGUUCCUAUCUGAUUAUUUAAACAACAUUGGCGGAAGCUUCUGUGAGUUUAGUUCCACUAAGAUGUUUCACCUGCCUUAUCAAGACCAUUCUCAGUCUUUUUUAAGCUACCGUAUCUUAAAUUAUUGAAAGUUUAUUAAUUGCUGAAUAUAUAACCUUUGCUUGUAUGUAACCGGAAAUGGUUUAAGAGCCAACAUUUAGAGUAUGACAAUGGAGCUGAACAGUUUUUAACGCGCAAGCAGUUCUGUUCUUGUGUAUGACUUGUAACCUUAAUUUACUGUGUAAAGAUGGUUACAUUAUUUCCUUAGCUUUGUUUGUUGGAGACAAAUAGAGAAUGCUUGUUAAGUAUGUCAAAACAUAAUCUUAUCUUGUGAAUUUUUGUCAAUGUAUUAUACGAGCUAUAUUUUUUUUUCCUUUGCCCAGAAAGACAGCUUGUCUAGCGCUUCUGGAAGUUUCUGCUCUGCGGCGUCUUUAGAGCUGACGAUCUGGUGGGUUUGGUUUUUCUUCAUGCUAAAGUGUCAGUUGGUGGUUUUGUGAACUGGUCAGAAAUUCACAGGUCUUAAAGGUUUGGGGGAGAUUUCUAUCGGACACUGCUCUUUGUCUAGCAAAUAAAAGAUGUUAAUAUAUUCCUGUUACUGGCAUGUGCACGACCAUGUUAUUAGAAGCCACUUUAUCAUUUUCCUGCUUUAAAUAGAAAUGUCUAUUUAUGAAUUCUGCUUGUAGUUUUUUCACAAAUAAAAUAGUAAAAUUUA